AUGCCUCGCCCAAGCGUCGCCGUCUUCGGCAGGAACGCCGCGCCUACCCUGGAAAUCAAGCCCGACUCGCCCUUUGUCGUCUUCUAUGGAGAAUCGUCAGAAUCGCAUGAGACGGAGCUCAAGGGCAAGCUGGUGCUCAACAACCCAGAGCCCAUGUCUGUGAGGAGCCUGCGCAUAACACUCACAGGCACACGCAAAGUUUCAUGGCACCUGACCAACACAGUAAGCCCGCAGCCCAUUACGCAAAAGACAAACUUUCUCGUCGAAGAGCUCCACCUGUUCCCCGUCGACGUGGGCAGCAAGACAAAGGCCCACAAGAUCAAUGCCGGCUACCAUGAGUGGGACUUCAAGUUCAAGAUGCCCCCGAACCUGGACCAGAGCGUCGAGGGCCUGCCGACCAACUGGAUCGUCUACAGCCUCAAGGCCACGGUGGAUAGAGGGUACAUGAGCAAGCAGCUCAGUGCUUCGACGCACAUCCGCGUCAUUCGCACCCUCGGGCGCGACAUGCUCGAAUCCAUGCCCAUGGAGCAGAUCAACGAGGACAUUUGGGCCAACAAGCUGGCCUACAAGAUCACGGUCCCCCAGAAGAACUACAUUGUCGGCACCCACAUCACGGCCGACUUUGUCCUGAUUCCCCUGCGCAAAGGCGUCGAGAUCUCGACCAUCAAGAUGGAGCUGAUUGAGUCGCGCCAACUAUUUGCCGAAUAUGCCGGCCGGCGCAUAAGCCAUCAGCAGGACAUGCAGGUCGCGGUGACGGAGGGCGACAUGCCCGAGAACUCCGCGCGCAUGGUCCCCGAGGGCACCGACGAUGCCGACGCGCUCUUUGACGAAUCGCACCGCUUUUCCAUGACGCUCGACCUGCCCAAAUCGCUCAAAAACUGCCGCCAGUCGGUCGACACGGAAAACAUUCGCUUGAGCCACAAGCUGCGGCUAUACAUCAACCUCAAGAACCCCGAGGGGCACACGAGCCAGCUGCUCGUUAAGAACCACGUCCAUCUCUUCAUUUCGCCCAACCUGCCUCCAAACGAAGACCAGAGCGUCGUGGUGGACCAAAGCAUCUUGAACCAGCAGGCGAUACAGGACGAGGUCAACCAGAAUGCGCCUCCUACGUAUGGGCUGCACCAGCUGGACGAGCUCUACAACGACAUUGACCCGUCUGGCUUCAUGACGCCUGGCGGCCGACACAGCAUGAUGAACAGCGGCGCUAAUACGCCAUUCUUUGCUCAGAGCAGGCGUGGCUCGGCCGAGGAUCUCACGUCGCUGGAUGCCGCCAUGCACCAGUCGGGCGGCGGUGCGUCUGCAGCCGCUCUGCAGCACCGCCUUGCAAACCUCAGCAUGAACCACAGUGACCGCCCCACGCGUUGCCAGCCGUCUAGGCAAAACUCGUCGGGCGAUAGUACCCCUGCCAACAGCGGCGAGCCUGCUUACUUUGACCUCCCUGCCUCCAACUACGACAUGGACGCGCUGGCCAGGACCCCCAGCUACAACACGGCUGUGCGCACCCCUGCCGGUUCAAGGACCCCUGGUGGCAUGGACAUGCGUCUGCCCUCGUAUGAGAUUGCGACGUCGAGGCCCAGCUCUCCAAACCGAAGCCGAAGUAGCAGAGCGACGACCCCUAGUCCGGCUCGAAGCCUGGAUACUCUAAACGAGGAGACGUACCGCAACACGCAAAUGAACAGUAGGAAGCAGAGCCCCAGGACCAGUGACGAUGGAAGGUAA